AGCGCGCCAACCAACAAUCUUCAAUAAAACCCCCUCACCUUGUCCGAAAUCUCUCACCAUUUCGCUCGCGUCCACCAUUACCGCCUCGCUCCUCGACGCCUCGCUCCGGCGACCUCGCUCACCGUCGGGAAGAUGACUACUUCAAGGCGGCUUGCUGACAGGAAGACUGCAAAGUUCCAGAAGAACAUCACCAGGAGGGGUUCGGUGCCUGAAACUACUGUGAAGAAGGGGAAUGACUACCCUGUUGGACCUUUAGUGCUUGGGUUCUUCAUCUUUGUCGUGAUUGGAUCAUCGUUGUUUCAGAUAAUCAGGACGGCAACUAGUGGCGGGAUGGCUUAAGAACUGACCGUCUAAUUCCCGAGUCCAGAGAUUUUUAUACAUUGCAUCCAAUCCAGAAGAGGGUAGCAGCUGUCAUAUGUUGUCAUAGAGUCCUGUAUGCGUUGUCUGAUGAGCGUUGAGUCUAAAACUAGUGUCUGAAGAACUGUAAAGCAGAAUUAUGUACCUUGAAAGUGUUAAAUGGAUAGUAUAAUGUGUCAUUCGAUCUCUUUUAUAAAUUAACUUUCAUCGUUGAAAA